AGCCGGAGUCUGAACUGUCCCGGGGGACUGGGCAGGAGCUUAAGACAAGCGACACGGGCAGGGAGGGCAGAGACCAUCGCAUCAGGCAGACCCAGGCAUGGCCAGAAGGAAGACCAAGAAGAAGCAAGCAGGGGCUCUUCGGGCAUCUUUCAACGUCUUUUCCAACUUGGAGCAGACCCAGAUCCAGGAGUUCAAGGAGGCGUUCACACUAAUGGAUCAGAACCGAGAUGGCUUCAUCGACAAGGAGGAUGUGAAGGACACCUACGCCUCCCUGGGCAAAAUCAACAUCAAGGACGAUGAGCUGGAUGUCAUGCUCAAGGAGGCCUUGGGGCACAACUUCACCAUGUUCCUGAACAUGUUUGGGGAGAAGCUGAGUGGUACGGACACCGAGGAGACCAUCCUAAACGCCUUCAAGAUGCUGGACCCCGACGGCAAGGGCAACGUCAACAAGGACUACAUCAAGCGGCUGCUGAUGUCACAGGCCGACAAGAUGACCGCUGAAGAGGUCAACCAGAUGUUCCAGUUUGCGACCGUGGAUGCUAUGGGCAGCCUGGACUACAAGGCACUGAGCUACGUGAUCACCCACGGGGAGGAGAAGGAGUGA